AGCUGUUUUCAACAGAGCCCGUCGCUGCCAGAUUCUGGAUUAACUGAACUGAAUGUUGCCAGUCCCCAGCUCUGCCCUCCUCCCUCACGUGAACCCCGAGAGAUGUCUGCUCCUGCUGACUCUGAACUUAGCUCUGAUCCCCCUCAGAAGCGCUACAUGGGUGUGAGAGUAAAGAUGCCAGUGCGGGAAUUACUGAGGAAUAUUCGGCUUUCCAAAGGCUUGGACCCAGCUCACAGCAAGGAAACCUCAUCAAUGAAGAUGGUAACCAAAGGAUCCUCGGGAAAAACAGAGAAGAGAAGAGCUCACCCUUAUACAGAGAAACAACUUAGACAGAGCAAGCAGAGCGUUGGGCAAACCCUGAAAGGCUUAGAGGACCUUGAUAUCCUGGUGGAGGUGCUGCAGGAGGAUCUGAACAAAAGCCAGCUGAAGGAGGAGUCUCUGUGCCCCGUGCCAGCUGGGUUUGGGCAGGGCUUCUCCCCGGAUCCGCCAAGCUCCCGGUGGGAACCUGCGGGGAGCAAGGAGAGGCAGCACAGCUCCACCAGGCUGCACCCAGGCUGCUGCUUUAAAGAUUUCCACCCAGCACCGAGGGGAGUGGCAGAGAAUUCUUUCCACGGUGACCAGAAAAACGUGCAGGUGCCCAGCUCACCUGGAACGUCCUCGAGGAUGAGGGAGAAGGAGAGCAGCUGGUGGAUCCAGGGGGCACACGCAGGCUCCCUGGAGGAAUUCCCGAGGAAUUCUUCCCAGAACACACCUGCACACUUCAACCCAUCAGAGGUGCUCCUGGGAGCUCACACGGGCUCUGCAGAUGCUGAAGUUGGACACCUGAAGUCGGCCCCAGUUUCUUUCAGCCAGCAGGACCUCUCUGCCAUCUCCUUCUUCCAGUUCCAGCUGCACAGGGAAGAGAGUUUGCUGAGAAACAUCCCAGCGGACAAACUGCUUGCUCCUGAUGAGAAUGGCAACAGGCUGCUGCACAAGGCUGUUGCUCAGGGAAGAAGAGCUCUGACUUAUGCCCUGGCACAGAGAUUUGCAUCCCUAAAUAAGAUCGAUGAGAAGGAUGCAGAGAAACGGACUGCCUUACAUCUUGCUGCAGAGAAGAACCAGCACCUGAUGGUGAGUGACCUGAUAUCCCUGGGGGCCAAUGUCAACGAGCAGGACAGCUGUGGGAAAACUCCACUCCACCUGUGUGCACAGAACGGAUACUUGAGGGUCUUAGAGGUUUUGAAACACUGCAAAAACAAUGGGGUGUGUGUGGAAGUCGAUCUGCCCGACCACUAUGGUUUAACCCCUCUGCACUGUGCUGCUCUCGCCCACACUGCCUUGGUGACAGAAUCCCAAAAAACCCCCGCGGACACCGACAUGGGGAGGUUCCUCAGACUCCGGCAGGACCAAAUCCUGGAGGGAAUUCAGUGCCUGCUGCAGAUGGGAGGGAAGGCUGAGCUGCAGUCACAGCUCUGCUGUUCUUUGCAGGCACCGAAUCCCUGUCCAAGCCCCACGACGUGCCUGAAGCCGGAGGAGAACACGGAGCUCGUGGCUUUGCUCCGGGCUCACAGAGCCCAGGGACAGCCCAGCCUGCAGGAGCUCUAA